GAGAAAGAAAAGUCACUUGAUCAACUAUCGACAUCAGACACCAAUCACCACAACAGGGUUUAGUACGAGACGGCUUAACUUUGAAUUGGUGUUAUAUUGAAAGUUUGGGGUUAUACCCCCAAAAAAAUGUAUAUACACGUGUUUAUUGAAUCUUGACGUAACUAAUAUCAUGGGUUGUUGUUUUGAUAAACAAAAAGAAGUAGGUUCCCAGGAUGAACCUGGAGAAAGAAGUAGACUAUUAGGUAAUCCAGUUGGGAAUACACCUCACCGGCCAAUCACAAGCGAUCAUUUUCCAAAUCACACACCGCCCUCUAUGAGUAAGGGUGAUGAACAGUCAGCCCUUACAAGAAUUUUAAACCAGGCAGCAAGCAAUAUCAUAGAUGUGGCAGCAAUCGACUCGCAUUCAAUGGAGACGCACGAGUACAUGGAUAAAGCAAGACAUUAUAGUUCCAGAUUAGCAAUGGUUAGCAGUGGGCCAAAGAGAGAAUACGCUUCAAAAGUUGCGUUACCCAACGGUGUCGGAGUUCCACAUUCAGUAUUGUCAGCAGAUCCAGUGACUUUGGCAGAUAUUGACAUGAUUUCUCAAGCAGUUAAGAAGGCUUCAGAAGCAAUUUCAAAUCUAAAAGUAGAACACAAAGAAGAUUUAGUUGUACAAUUUGCUCUUCCUAGUUAAGACCAUGUGGUAUAACCGAUGAAUUGUACCAAUAAAGAAUUAAAAAAUAAAUUCUGGAAAUUAACAAGUAAUGGAGGGAGUGAAUACUUUCUUAUGAGUGAAAAAUUGCCAACAUUGUUCAAAAUGGUUUUUUUUAUUACUUACUGCCUAUUGUAUACCUGGGGAUUUUCAGUUUCCGUUUUAAAACUUGUUUUCAAUUUAUUGUUUAUAAAAUUAAAUUCCCUACAAAAAAAUUUGAAUAUUAAUUGUAUGCUGGUUCUAUUACCAUUAGUUUAUGUAAAUAAAUCAAUUAAUUAGGAGCAAUCAUGUUAGGCUCCGAAAAUUAAAUAUCUAUGAUGUAUAGCUUCUGUAUUAGUAUCAAUAUCUAAGACCAGUUUAAACCAGGAGUGGCGCUCAAAAUCUUGAAAGUGGUCCUGAAGGCAAAGCCCCAGAAAUUGACAUUUUAGGAUCUACUAAUAAGUUAAAAAUACCUAUACAGUAUAUUUUUCUUUCUCCCCAACAAGGAUUAAAAAUAUUGACUCUCCUAGUUUAAACUCAUGGAAUAUCAUUGUAUUGUAACAUUAAAUAUUUUCAAUAAUACCUCUUGGCAAAAAAAAUCAGAAAGACACUUGACCCUCAAGGAUUUUUGGGAGGAGCACCAAAAAGUUGAGCCAGGCGCUCGCAACGGAUCGUUUUUAAUGACGAUCCAUGCAGACGGUGUCGUGCCCUCUAGCACUCACAGGGAACGAAGUUUGAUUCGUUGUGAGACAGUCGUGAAGUGAGGGUAUUCAUUUUGAUUAGAUAUACAGAUUUUUUUUUUUUUUUUCAUUAUUAGAACUGUAGAUAGGGCAUAGAAAAAUGUAGGUGUUUUCAACCGAAGUUCACUAGUAAAUCAAUUGGGGAAUUGCAGUACAGGUGCCUAUUGUCUGAAAUACAUUUGUGUUGUCCAAGAACUGUAGCAGAGUAUAAAUAGAACAAGAGAGUGUACUCCUAGUGUAGGCUGCCCGCUGUCAUUUGUGUGUUCUUUAUUACCCAGUACUGCAUUGCGCACAGUGCAGUAUUUGGUGUCUUACACUGGCUGCGUAUUGCCAGUGUUUUUUACGCUCCCAAUGAGCGAGGUUGGCUCUCUUAUUCUAUUUAUACUCCGACUGUAGCCAAUAUCAUGAAUUAUUUAUUUAUGUUCCUUAAAAGAAAGAAUAUUACACCUCCGUAAAAAGCAAUGCUAGAUUUUUGAUUGGCCAGUUUGGAUAACACAAUUUUGUUUUGGUCCAAGUAUCAAUUGUAGAUAUUGCAGCCCCAGUUUGAGCAAUAAAAUUUUGUAAGAACA